CGCUCCGCCGUCGGAGGGCUCUCCGCCCGCCGCCCGCCCUCUCUAUGGUGCCCGCCCCGCACCGCCGGCAGCCUGCGGCAGCACCAGCCCCCGCGCCUCCACGCCAUGCCGGCUGGCGGGUCCCGGCCGCCCGAGCCGCCGCGGAGCUGAGAACUGCUAGAUAUAUGCUGAAUCUUUCAUGCAUAAAGGACUACCUCUUUAUGACCUCCUCAUUAUCUUUGACAAACUGAAGAAACCAUAGGAAAAUGAAUUUCUCUUCGUUGAAUUCUGGUCUAAAAAUAUCUGGAGGGAGAUUAAGUGGUUCAACAAGUAACGCUCUAAUGGAUGACAGAGACUUUCCACCAAAUGAUCUGCAGAUAGACUCAAAGGACAGUCUUCCUACUAACUACAGGGUAGAAAGUUUGGCAUCUCAUUUGAUUCCUUCAGCUGAUGAAAAUGAAAAUCAACUUGACAGUGAUGGGAAUGAGGUUCUGACCAGUAGUAGCAUUGCUAUGGGACGCCAGGAUAAAGGUGAGCAGGAUAACAUCAAUAAUAAUGAGAAUAUGGACAGUGGAGACUGGAUCCCAAGCUGCAAGGAAAGUGAGACUGAGAGAAGAUCUGUAAAUGUCCAUAUGGACCCUCAGUUGGAGGAAAAGCCUGUUCCAGAAAAACAGCCAGGUGGAAAAAGAAGUCCAAGAAGCAAAAGAAGCUCCAAUAAAAAAUCUAAAGGCAUUUCUACAGUGGGAGCCACAACGAUCCAGGAGGAAAAUGCUCUUAAUACAGAUACAGAUUUUGUGCAGGCUGAAAGUGCUGUUGAAGCAAAGGAGAACUUUCAUCCAAAAGAGCAAAAGCAAACAUUGCAGUCCCUUUUCUCUUUGCUCCGUCAAGAGGUUGAGCAGAUGGAUUCAAAGAUACUGCCCCUGUGUCUCCAUCAGAUAGCUGAGACCUAUUUUCAGGAGGAAGAAUAUGAGAAGGCCAUGAAGUUCAUACAACUUGAACGACUUUAUCAUGAGCAGCUGCUUGCAAAUCUUUCUUCCAUACAGGAACAGUGGGAAAGAAAAUGGAAGACAGCAGUUCCCAGUCCAGUUACAACACUGAGGAAUUCAGAUAAAGAGCUGAGUGGCCAAGAACUGGAAAAGCUUACUAGAGUUUGCUCUUCACAUCAACAGCCGCAGGCAUCCAAAAAUAAGCUAGUAGCUGCAGAAAAUACAUGGGAAAGCAGUUGUUUACCUCAGUUAAUGGAAUCCAGAACUUUAAAGGAAAGAGAAGCUACUGCUUUUAAAUCAGGUACUGAAACUUGUCCUGGCAUUGCACCAAAGAAAGAAGAUAAACAGCUGAGCUCUGCUUGCCCAGGUGAAAACAAAACUGAGAGACAGACUGAGGCAGCGAGUCUUUGGGUAGCUGCAGGAAAGGACCACAUGGAGGAGCAGCACUGCAGUGCUGAAUCAACGUUGGAGCCACACACCCAGUCCACAGGGACAGGGGGCAGGCCUUCCUCGGGCUGUUCAUCAUCUGGGGAUGCUGGUAAAGAUAGCAGUCUGCAGCUGAGGGAAAGACAGCUCUCCAAGGAUGCUGUGAAAAUAGAAGGGGCUGGGGAGCCUGGAGUGAAACUCCCUCUUGAGCCAAUGGUAGAUGCUUUGGCUUUAACAGAUGAUGAUUAUUUGCCUACAGAUUUGGUUCCUUCUGAUAAAGAUGUGCCAGCUGAUAGAAGUCUGCUCAGAUCAAAACAUGCUGCUGGGUCUUCAGAAAUUCCUAGUGGCCAGCUUGGAAAUAGUGAUUUAAAGCAGCAACAGAUACAGCCAGAAGAUGAUGAUGAUGAUGAAGAUGAUGAUGAUGAAGAUGAUGAACAGUCUUCAUGGGACAGAAGUGCCUCAGGUGCAUGCUCUGGGUGUAAUGAAGUGUCUGAGCCUGAGAGCACUGCCCAUUCACAGGUGUGCGAGGAAAUACAGAGAGCAGCAGGACAGGAGGAGAAGGCCAAUAAUGAACAAGAAGAUUUAUUUCUGAGGUUUUUGAAUGGUAACAUAAUAGACACUGAAGAAUCUGCAGACUUAGCAAACCAGGAGGACUUUGACGCUGUUCCAGAUAUUUCACCCGAACGAGCAUCUUAUAACUCCCUGGAAGCUUUAUCACUAGAUGACAGCUUUUCUUCCCUUGAUGAACUUACAAGAAGGAUAGAGAUUACUGAGAUUACCCCAGUGGAAGGAUUGGUGUCUAUACUAAAGAAGAGAGAUGACAGAGAUGGAAAAACAAUUGCUCAAGUCCAGCAAAGGCAAACAAAGAGAAGAGUGAGAUUCCAAGAAAUGGAAGACACAUUGGAUCAAGAUGAAGUGUCUGGUGGCUCCUGUAUUUUGCUGAUCCUGCUGUGCAUAGCAACUGUUUUCCUUAGCAUUGGAGGAACUGCACUGUACUGCACCUUUGGUGACAUGGAAUCCCCUGUGUGUACUGAUUUUGCAGCCAACAUGGAUUUCUAUUAUACACAGAUACUGCAGCGUGUGGAAGAGCUGAAACACUGGAUAGCCUUCUCAUAGCUGAAAGGAGUGGACACAGCACGCUCAGACCUCACCUGUGGUUACUGGACAGAGUAGAACAAAACUGUGAUUUCAAGUUCUUUAACACUUGCCACCUGCAGGUGAUGUGUAUUUGAUGAGAUACUUUCACAUUUACCUAGAAAUCAAGAAAAUUUUAGUUUAGCAGUCAGGUGGCAAAAUGUUCACAUCUGUUCACAACUGUAGCAGCGUGGUAUGGGAGCAUAAAAAGUUAUUCUCUUCAUCCUUUGGAAGGUAGGCAAGUAGCUUUUCAUCCAUUUGAGCAAGUGAAGAAGAAGGAAGAAAAUUAACUGUCUUCUGUAUUCUCUCCUAUUGCCACACAUUGUGUAAGCAAUCUCUGGAAGCUUAGUAAAACUACAGCUUUAAUUUACAGCUGUUUGUGCAAAGGUGUUGCCUCCAGCUAUCAUGCAAUAAGUCUCUGUUUUAUGGAAACGUUAUUUUUUUUCCUAAGUCUUGAUGUUUUUAUCCAUUUUAUUUCUCCUGGUGAGCCAUGUAAUUAUUUGGGUGGAGUGAGAAGAGUGCAGUGGCAUUCACAGAGCCCUCAUUUGGUAAUUACCAGGCUGACCCUGUACCUUAUAGCUUGGAGUGAAUAUCAUGAAUGGGAUAAAUCUGCUGGCAGAUUUCACUAAAUUUCUUGGACCUUUACUCUCAGUAUCAUGUGGGUUGUUUUAGAAAUGGAAGGUUAAAAAAGAAAUCGCUGGUCUCACUAAACACAGAAACAAAAGAUGUUUACUAAAUUAUUCAUAUUAAAUAAUCAAGUGGCUUUGGCUCAUUUUAAAGCACCUGGUAGCAGGUGUGGGGCUGACUGGGUUUUCCUCCAGCUACGUCACUGACUUGGAGUAAUCACUUUGUGCCUCAGUUUCUCCUCCAUAAAUGGGGAAUAAUGAUCCUUGCCUUUGUCUAUGAAUAUUUAUUGGAAUUAGGGCUCAUGUCUGAUUCAUCCCAAAUGAGUGCACAGGAUCCCAGAACUGUUUGGCUGCAGCCUCUGUCAAUGAGUAAAGGUUCUGUGAAGGGGGACUGAUCCAACAGAAGAGGUUCAGAGGCUCACUGCAGAUCCACAGCCUGUCAGUAUUCCAGGGCACUUGUUCCAGCCCAUAAAGCACAUUUGCAUUUAUUUGCCCUGCAGUUCUGAGACCUGUAUUGUAAAAUCUGUUCUUUCUCUAUCAGCUUUACAAACAAAUUGAGAUCAGGACAGAGUCAUUUGAAAUGGGUGUUUCUGUCACUCGGUGCUCAGCCCUCCCUGUGUGGUGGUGAGAGAAGCCUGGCAGGACAGAGAAGGUGAGAAUUGGACACUCAGGGCCUUUGGGCUGGCAGCUGUUCUUGCACAGAGCACACUGGUGCAGCCCUGCUGACAGGGUGAGUGUGAAAGGAUUCCUUUACACCUCAGGAAACAGCUUUUUUGAGGGGCCCACUUCACUCCACUCUGUGAUUUCCUGCUUACUAACCUUGUACGAUGCAGCGUGUUCAGGUUUAGGACAUGACUUUGUAAAAUGCUAUGAAGUGAAACCUUUGAGAUACUGCUCAGAAUUAUAACAUUAAAGAUCAUGCUUUCUGACAUUUGCAAGCAAACUGUCCCUCUAGUGAGCUUGGUUGUUCCUAAAGCACUGUUACACUUAAUGGGUUUUUAAAGUGAAAGUUAAAAUCAUGUUUUUUUCUAGAAUAAACUGCAUGUAUGAUUUCUC